AUGGCUUCUGGCAAUGGAAUUGUUAAGUUCAACGGGCUUAACUAUGCAGACUGGUCUGAACAUAUCCAAUUUUAUUUGGGUUUCAAUGAUAUGGAUCAUGAAUUGUUGAAUGAAAAGCCAACAUCCAUAACAGAUGAAAGCUUAGAAAGUGACAGGAUUAACUUCGAUUCCUGGGAGCGAUCAAAUAGGUUGUGUUUGAACUUGAUGAGGAUUACUAUGGCAAAAAGUGUUAAGCCAUCGAUGCCUAAAACUGAAAGUGCAAAGAAAUUUAUGCAAAAGGUUAAAGAGUAUUCUCAGUCGGAUCUGGCUGACAAGUCGGUAGGAAGUCUCAUGAGCGAGCUGACUAUGAAAAAGUUUGACUGGUCUCAGUCUAUCCAUAUGAUCAUAUGA